GAAUGUGGAUGUUUUGGAAUCUACAUUAUCUAGGUUUCCCCAUACAGGCAAACUGACGUCACUUUCACUUAAUCCUGCUGCAUCAAGAUGAAUACAGAUAGCGGUGGAUGUGCUCGUAAACGUGCUGCAAUGUCUGUCACACUAACAGCUGUGAAGAGAGCGCAAAGUUCUCCAAAUCUAUUGGCUUCAGGGCAGGAGUCGUAUUCACCUGACUCAGAUAUCUGGAGAUCUUACAAUGAUUGUAUCAAAGAUGCACUGAAUGGUGAUUCAAGUGGUUCCUCCCUUGCAGCAAAAGGCUUUAGAAGCGUCCGUCCAAAUUUACAAGAAAAGAAAUCACCAACUCAGACUCCAGUCACAGUUAAUGGGAAUGCAGGCAGCCCAUCCAGUCCAAUGAGUCACUUUCAGAGGCCAUUCUCUCCAACAUAUCCCUCUUCACCACCGCUAAACUCCAACAGCAUUGCCAUGCAACAGGGCAGAACAUUGGAUUCUGCAGACUCCUACUCCCAGCAGUAUCAGUCAGAAAUUGGCCGAAGUAGCAGCACCAUACCAAUCUGCAGGAUCUCUGAGGAGGAGAAGAAAGUCACAGUCAUUAAAGCUCCACACUAUGCUGGGAUUGGACCAAUUGAUGAGUCAGGAAUACCGACAGCAAUUCGAACGACAGUUGAUAGACCAAAAGACUGGUACAAGACCAUGUUCAAGCAGAUCCAUAUGGUCCACAAGCCAGACAAUGACAGUGAUUAUUCCAACACAAGCUAUGCAUAUAAUACAGAAAACUACAUUCCUGCCUAUUCCCAUCCUGCAGCAAAGACACAGACAUACCGUCCUCUCUCGAAAAGUAUCUCUGACAAUGGCACUGAUGUAUUGAGAGCGCCAUCCCCGCUGCCUCCACCCAUACCUGUGCCUCCUCCGGCUGUGCCCCUCCGCCCUCGGGAGCUGGCCUCUCCUGAGAAGAAUGAAUGGGAACCACCUGACAGAAAGGUUGACACGCGCAUGUUUCGAUCUGAACCCAGGAGCAUAUUUGAGUAUGAGCCUGGAAAGUCCUCCAUCCUUGAACAUGAAAGACCGACAUCCUUAUACCAAUCCUCUAUAGACAAAGGCAUGGAAAGACCUUCAAGCUCUGCAAGUGACUACAGGAAGAGACGGAAGUCUGAGCCCAGUGUAGGCCAUCAGAGAGCUCACAGUGACCAGAAUGCAAACAGACACAGCCUAAGCCGGACAGGGGUUCAAGGCACAAACACUCUGAGGAAACCAUUUAUUAACUCUUCACCUCCAUCUCCCUCACGAUCAAAAGGUGGGGAUAUUAGCAGAAUGUAUCCCCCCCUCUUCGCUUACUCUGUUCGCAAUGCAAACACCUCAAAAUCGCUAGAUUACUGUAGUGGCUACACUCACCAUUUAGCUGUGCCUGAUGACACAAAGCGCUCAAUCAGCUUUAAGAAUGGCUGGCAAAUGACACGGCAGAAUGCAGAGGUGUGGAGCAGCACAGAGGAAACAGCAUCACCAAAAAUAAAGUCUAGGAGUUGUGAUGACUUACUGACAGAAGAUCACAUCACUUUCUCUAAUACUCAGAUCAAAUCUGAAAGCAUGGGAUCUUUGUUAUGUGAUGAUAAGUCAAAGCAGAAUAGUCCCUUAGCUUGGGACAGUACGUUCUCUUCUGAAGGCUGUGCUAACAAAUCCAGGGUUCGCCACAGGUCUGCUCAUGACACCCCAGGUUUCCUAAAACUAUACAAGAAAAUGCACCGCAUAAACCGCAAAGACUUAAUGUCUUCUGAAGUCAUUUGCUCUGUUAAAUCUCGAAUAAUGCAGUAUGAGCAGGAACAGCAAAAAGGUAUAUUUGCCAGCUGGAAAACUCUAUCAGAAGAAGUGCCAAGAGAUAUGGUUCCUACCAGAAUAUCAGAAUUUGAACAACUUAUCCAGAAAUCCAAAUCUAUGCCAAACCUUGCAGAUGAGAUGCUGUCUGCAGUGAGCUUAGAUAUUUCCAACAGUAGUUCAUGUCCUAAACGUAGGUUUUCCAUUGAAUCUUUGCUGGAUGAAGACACUCCGAAUAGACAUAUACCUCAGGUACAGCACAACGGAAAGUCAAAGUCUUUGGUUCCUGUUCACAUUGAGGUGACAAGUGACCAGAUUCCACGGACACAUGCUGAAUUAUCAGACAGUGAUCCUGAUGCAGUUGUUUCAGACUUAAGUGACUUUAUACAGAUUGAAGGAUCGUCUUUUUGCAGUGAGAGUGAUUUUGACCACUAUUCCUUUACAUCCUCUGAGAGCUUCUAUGGGUCUGGCCAUCACCAUCACCACCACCAUCAUCAUCACCAUCACCACAGACACCUUAUCAGCUCUUGCAAAGGACGAUGCCCAGCUUCAUACACACGUUUCACCACCAUGUUAAAACACGAGAGGGCUAAGCAGGAGAAAAGUGAAUCCUCGGGAAAGCAGGAAACAGAUUCAAGCCUUUCCAAAAUUGCGUUUCUUGUUAGUCCAGUGCCUUUUCGUAGGAAAAAAACCUCUACACCCAAGAGGCAAUCUGAAAAGGGCCGAUGUAAAGCGUCUGUGUUUGAAGCUCUGGACUCUGCACUUCAGGAUAUCUGUGACCAAAUAAAAGCAGAGAAAAGACGUGGGAGCUUGCCUGAUAAUAGUAUUCUCCACCGACUUAUUAGUGAGCUUCUUCCAGAUGUUCCAGAAAGAAAUUCUUCUUUAAAAACAUUCCCAUUUAGUACUCCAAAUCCAUCAUACUGCCAACUGCCUCAAGAUGGUGCUAUUCAUUGCCCACCUUACCAGAAUGAUUGUGAAAGAUUGCCCAUCAGUGCCUCUUACCAGGAUGUGGAUGCAACCAACAACAACAACUCUCCAGAUAGCCCAUACUGUUUUCAAGACCAAGAAUCUCCCCGGAAUUAUUCCUCAGCUUUCACUGAUGUGAGCAGGAGUUCAGCAAGGAGGGGAGCGCAGGAAAAGGAGGCUGCAAGAGCUGUGUAUGAUUUCAAGGCUCAGACAGCAAAAGAGCUGUCUUUUAAGAAAGGAGACACUGUGUACAUCCUCAGGAAAAUAGACAAGAAUUGGUAUGAAGGGGAGCAUCAUGGACGAGUUGGAAUAUUUCCAAUUUCCUAUAUUGAGAAAAUAAGUCCAACCGAGAAAGCACAACCAGUGAGACCUCCACCACCAGCACAAAUACGAGAGAUUGGAGAAGCGAUUGCCAAAUAUAAUUUCACUGCUGACACAAAUGUGGAGCUAACACUGAAAAAGGGUGACAGAGUGAUGAUUCUGAAAAAGGUGGAUCAGAACUGGUAUGAGGGUAAAAUUCCAGGCACAAAUAGGCAGGGCAUCUUCCCGGUUUCCUAUGUGGAGAUUGUUAAGAAGAGUUCUUCUAAAAGCCCUGAGAACUAUGGGGAAAAACACUUACCCCAUAGUUACACAGCGGAGAGGAUUUUCAUGCUCUCCUGCAGCUCACCACAGCGCGCAGUGUUCAAUCAUGAGAACAUCCCAACUAUGGGAGAACUAUAUCAGUCCCUGUAUAACUAUACUCCACGUAAUGAAGAUGAGCUGGAGCUCAGAGAGGGGGAUGUGAUCGAUGUUAUGGAAAAGUGUGAUGAUGGAUGGUUUGUGGGCACCUCCAGAAGAACAAAGUUCUUUGGAACUUUCCCUGGAAACUAUGUGAAAAGGCUGUGAUGGUGUUACGCCUGUUGCCUCACUUGACACAUCUAUAAGACUUUGCUAGGAAGCACGCUUCUUGUUUCUGACCAGAACCAGUUCAUAUGUAAUCCUUGCUGCCACCCGCCAAUGUUUUCUAGCAGUAUUAGAGCCAGUCCGGCCCUGUUCUCUACACUACUGAUGAUAUUCUAGCACCAAUCAUUAUUAUUCACCAAAUUAUUAUAAUCAGGGCACCCACUGCCUCUGUAUGUGUGCUUUUUGAAGUUGGUUCACUCAAUUAGCAUUGCAGUGCAAUACAGUCCAGCUAAAGGAGGUAUUAACACAUUGGUGUGUUUGGUUACAUGAACAAUGUGAAUGAAAGAAACCUAAAAGAGGUUGAAGGAUAAAGUGUGAUGUCACAGUUAUCACUGGUACAAAGAUCAGCACUGGCCUUGUCUCUCUAGAUAUCGGAAACGUGACAUGUUUCCUGUGAGAGGCAGGUGUACACAGUCAAAGAAUCCCAGUUAAAAUGAUGGAAAUGCUAUUAUGAAAAUGGUCCUCUGGAAUAAAACGACAUUUUUCCUAAACUGGGAGCAAACAGUUGUUGAUGAUAAAUAAGAUUUCAUUACAAAAUAAAUCUUUUCCAAAACAGAAUAAAAGUAAAUA